UGGUUUCCUCUGGGUCUUAGUACACAACAGGCGCGGACUGACCAUUUGGAAACUUGGGCACUGCCCGAGGGCCCGGGGUCAGUAGGGGGCCCCAUGAGAUGCCCCUGGUACCUUUUUCAUAGGCUUUUAUGAGUUUGGGCAAGGACACAGGGGCCCCAUGAUCCCCUAUUGCCCGGGGGCCCCAUGAGUUGUCAGUCCUCCCCUGGAUACAAUUUGAUUUUGUGCAUAAUCAAUGCCACACCAUGCA